AUGUUCAGCGGCUCAUCAAAGAAGCCCUACACGGCAAUCACAGCUCUGAUAGAUCGAUAUACGAGCGAGCAGUACGAGGAAGAUGAUAUUGGCGGCGUUAUUGACCUCGUGGAUGUCAUCCGCAUCCAGGAAUCGGGACCUACAGAAGCAGCUAGAGCGCUUCGCAAGAAGCUCAAAUAUGGCAAUGCACAAAGGCAAAUCAGAUCGCUGGUGAUUCUCGACGGUUUGAUCCAGAAUGCAGGCGGCAGAUUCCAGAGGACAUUCGCGGACGAGCCCUUGUUGGAACGUUUACGUCUCAUGGCUCGUGAUGAUAUGGUCGAUGCGACCGUACGCCAAAAGUGCCGGGUCCUUUUUGCACAGUGGGCAAAUGCGUACAGGAACACAGCUGGUCUCGAGCGAAUAGCGAAUUUGUACAAGGAGUUUCCAAAGACCUCAAGGCCUGAAGCUGCGCGGCAGAAAGUGCUGCGAGAGAUUCCUGCAGAUCCAGACCAGGAGUCACCAUUUGCGGAACCUUCAUCAUCGUCUCGCUCGAGAUCAAAUUUGAAGGAUAAGCAACUAGGUCAGUCCGCUGCGCCUUCACGACCUGUCACAUUGACGCCUACCUCGUCAGGCUUCUCUUAUAAGUUAUUCAAGGAGAAGAAAGACAAGACAGGGAAGCCGUUCAGUCUUUCCAAGGAGAAAGAGAACAUGACUACAUCCAUUGCUCAAGCAUCAAUUGCUUCCACCAACCUGAUGAAUGGUCUCCAGCUAAUCAAUCGAGAAAGCGAGAGGGUCUCGAAUAACAUCGAAGUGCUCAAGCGAGUAGAAGCCUGCAAGAACCUGAGGCGCAAGAUCUUAUACUACAUCCAACACGUCGAAUCUGACGAAUGGAUUGGCAGUCUAGUCAAUGCCAACGACGAGCUUGUCAAGGCUCUCACUACAUACGAAAUUAUGGAUCGAAGUAUCAGCGACGAUAGUGAUAGCGAUGCAUGGGAGAAUGCCGACGGGAUCAAAGGAUCUGGUGGUCAUGCUCGUACUAGUAGUGCUCAGCACCAACUGGCAGGUCUUUCGCUGAGUGAGGCACCGCCCGUGAAGCCACCAAGACCUGCAGCACCAGCAGCCAUUUCGAUGCCUUCGAGACCGCCAGUGCCAGCGCCCGUAGCUUCGGCAAAGCUCGACGACGACGAUGAAGACGACGACGAUCCUUUCGGUGACUCCCACGCGGCUAAGACACCGUUCGACGAACGAGCCGGGAUGACCUGGAGAGAAGUGUAG